AUCGAAGUGUUUCCUUAUAAAUAGCCUCUUUCUGAUUGGACUAUAACAAUAUAAUGUUUAUAUUGCCGCCGGUAAUUGAUGUAAUUAACUUUUUAAUAUACGGUACAUAGUAUUGAACAAUUCUUUAUCAUGGCUCCCAGUUUGAUAUGGGCCUAUUGCACAAAAGUUAACAAUGGCAGUAAAGUUAAGUGUGAUUUAUGUCAUAAACAGUUUUUGUUUAAUAAAAGCACAUCAACAAUGAUGAAGCACUUACAAUGUGCUCACAAGAUUGCUCCUCCGUCAAGUAAUGAAAAACAAACUCAGAAAAGAUUGAAUGACAGUCACAAUGAUUUCGAAGUUCAGCCUAAAAAAGUUUUAGUCGCUGUCGAAUCAUCUGUUCCAUCGGUUGCUUUGGUACCUCAAACUAAAUCAUCUGUUCAAGAAAAUACCACAGUACAAUCUCAGGUCCAAGGUCCUAUGGAUCGUUGUAUAAACAAUGCUAAUUCUUUUUCAGCUGGUGGACGUAGAUAUGAUCAAGCUACCACAGCUCUUUUACGAAUGAUCGCUGUUGAUAAUAUGCCUCUGUGUACUACAGAAAGACCAGGAUUCAGAAAAUUUAUUAAAACACUACAACCGUUGUAUCACAUACCCUGUGAGCCAACUAUAACUAAUGCUAUGAGUCGUAAAUAUCAAGAUUUGUCGAAUAAAAUAAAACUUGAACUGCGACAGACUGAAUCUGUGUGUCUUACUACUGAUAUCUGGACUCACCAACACACAAUGAAAAGCUAUCUUGGCUUAACAGUUCACUAUCUGAAAGAAACUGAGAUGAAGACUGUUGAGUUGGGCGCUUAUCUCAUGGAAGAGAGGAAAACAAUAGAAAAUUUGAGCUUGAAAUUAAGAAAUAUAUGCAAUGACUGGGGUCUUGAUGACAGUAAAAUAGCAGCAUUCAUUUCAGACGGGGGAGCAAACAUCAAAGGAGCUAUUAAAAGUGAGUUCGGCGAUGGGAAACACAUUUCGUGUUUUGGACAUGUAAUAAAUAAUAUUGGUCAGCGCCUUAUCGAAGUUAAUAUUACUCCACCUGCAUCUGAAUCUCAAAAUCAAGUUUCCGACUUACCCGCUGAUGAAAAUGAUGCUAUUGACAAUCUUGAAGACUUAAUUACAGAUCAUACUGAGCAAUCGUCAUUGCGUGAGCUAUUGUCAAAAGUUAAACAAAUUGUCACAUUCUUUCGACAAAGUGAAAGAGCGACUACAGAGCUUCUGAAAUUACAGAAGGACAAGCCUGAAAAUUCUCGUCUGAAAUUAAUUCAGGAAGUGCGAACGAGAUGGAACUCCUGUUUUGAAAUGGUUGACCGUUUCAUUGUGCUUGCUGAUCAUGUCAGUAAAGUGCUUUUACAAGUGAAGAUGGACAAAUCUUCGAAAGCGAAGCCACCUAACAUGAUCACAGGUGAGGAAAUCGAUGCGUUAGUAGAAGUUCGUGACAUCUUAAAACCUCUCUUGCAAGUAACUCAAGAAGUUUGUUUUGAGAAAUAUGUAACAUUGAGCAAGUGCAUUCCUUUGAUUUCAAGUCUUAGAAAAAAGAUUGAAGAGUUAACGCUAGAAACUUUAAUUGGGCGACAUUUAAAACAGAGAAUGGUUCAAGACAUCGAAACAAAAUACGGCAAUAUUGAAUCUGUAAAACUGCACGCUUGUGCAACAUUGGUUGAUCCUCGUUAUAAAAAGUUUGGUUUUCAAAGUAUUCGGGAUUCUGCACGAGCGGUAACUAAUGUCGCUGAUCUUGUCAAGACAGAACGAAAAGUAGCCUUGGCAGCAACGGUGGCAAAUAUUAACCCUCAAGAUGAGAUAUUAGCUAUUCAAGGUCCGGAAUCUCAGAAAACGAACGAUGACAAUGAUGAUUUAUGGUCUUAUUUUGAUAACACUGUGAUUUGUAGUUCCAAUCUUGCAGAUUCUGAUGAGGCUGGAGGAUUGCCAAUACAAUUACGACAAUAUUUGACACGCCCGGCUGUCAAUCGGAAACAAAAUCCUAAUCCGUUCACUGUGUGGGAAAGUAUGAAAUAUGAAUAUCCGUAUCUAUGGAAUGUAGCUAAAAAGUACUUGCCAAUAGUUGCAACGUCUGUACCCUGUGAGCGAUUAUUUUCACAUGCAGGACUUAUCGCAAAUCAGUUGAGGAGUCGCUUAUCACCUCAGCACAUUAAUGAGCUAAUAUUUUUAAGAUCAAUCGGCGAAGAAAUGUGGUUUUCGUAG